AUGGCUUCAGAACCUUUAAAUGAUCUUCAGAUUGUAGCUCUCACCCUUUCAAUUGUGUUCCUAACAAUUCUAUGGUACAAAUUGACCUCACACAAGGAAGAAUCCAGGUUGCCACCAGGGCCUCGUGGCCUUCCGAUUGUGGGAUUCUUACCAUUCCUCCACACCAAUUUGCAUCACCAGCUCACAGAGUUGUCUCAACAGUAUGGUCCAAUAUACAAGUUUUGGCUAGGAGGAAAACUAUGUGUUGUGUUGAAUUCACCAUCCUUAGCCAAAGAAGUUGUUCGCGAUCAAGACUCCGUUUUUGCCAACCGUGACCCUCCAAUUGCAGGAUUAGUGGCCACAUAUGGUGGACUAGAUAUUGGAUUUUCUCCCUAUGGCUCCUACUGGCGUGAUAUGCGCAAACUGUUUGUAAGGGAGAUGUUAAGCAACAGGAACCUUGAGGCCUGUUAUAGCCUUCGGAGACACGAGGUCAGAAAGACAAUCAGAAAUGUGCAUACCAAGAUUGGCAGCCUCACUGAUAUUGGUGAAUUAGCCUUUGGAAUUGGUGAUAAAAUAUCUUCAACUACUGGGAAAGCCAAACAUAUCAGACUUCUUCCCUAUGCUUGCAAGGUUUGA